GAGAUUAUAUUCUUUUUAAUUCAUUACAGAUAUCAAAAUUGCUACUGCCUGAAAUAAAACUGCUUGACGUGAGAAACAGAAAAACGGUAGUAGUGUAGCAGUGUUAAAUUGCACUGUAACUGAUCUCAACUUCUCAAGGGAGGAGGUAACAACUCUGCUAAACAUAUAUACAUAAUUAAGAUAAUUUUCCUAGAAGAAGAUGGAUGAUGAAGCAGAGACAUACAAACUGUGGAGAAUCAGGAAAACCAUCAUGCAGCUGUGCCAUGAUAGAGGAUACCUGGUAACCCAGGAUGAGUUGGAGCAGACAGUGGAACAGUUCAAAGAACAAUUUGGGGAUAAGCCAAGUGAGCGUCGGCCAGCUCGCUCUGACCUCAUUGUGCUCGUGGCUCACAACGAUGACCCGACUGAUCAGAUGUUUGUCUUCUUCCCUGACGAGGCCAAGGUUGGGGUUCGCACCAUCAAGACCUACUGCACCAGGAUGCAGGAGGAGAACAUCCAGCGUGCAAUUAUUGUGGUGCAGGCCGGCAUGUCCUUCUCUGCCAAGCAGGCGCUGGUGGACAUGGCACCUAAAUACAUCCUGGAGCAGUUCCUGGAGUCGGAACUGCUGAUCAACAUAAUGGAGCACGAGCUGGUGCCGGAGCACGUCGUCAUGACGCCCGAGGAGAAGCAAGAGCUCCUCUCUAGGUACAAGCUCAAGGACAAUCAGCUGAUGCGCAUCCAGCAGGGCGACCCCGUGGCGCGGUACUUCGGCCUCAAGCGCGGCCAGGUCGUCAAGAUCAUCCGCCCCUCCGAGACCGCAGGGCGAUACAUCUCGUAUAGGCUCGUCGUCUGACCUGUGUGCAUGCUGUGUGGUGGCUGUAUGCCUGCUGUGUGGCGGCUGUGUGC